GUACAAAACCACUCCUAAUUAAAUCCCUUCACUUAAAAAAAUUAUUAAACCAAAUAUGGCCUUCAAAAAAAUUUCCUUCCUUACACUCUUCUUUUCUCUCUCACUUUUCAUCUUAACAUCAUUACCAUUAUCAUCUCUAGCUGAUAAUCCUAAGAUCCCACCACAAAAAAUAUGCGACUCCACCGUAGACCCUACCUUUUGCAAAACACUACUUGCUAAUCAAAACGGCACCGUAAUUGACUAUGGUCGAUUUUCUAUCCGAAAAUCCUUAUCUCAAUCAAGAAAUUUAUUAAACUUAGUAAAUUCACAUCUUCAAAAUAAAUCAUCUUUGUCACAAUCCACAAUUUCAGCUCUUCAAGAUUGUCAAUUUCUAGCUCAACAAAAUUUUGAAUAUUUAUCAAACACUCAUCAAACUACUAAUAGUACUAGCAAUGUUCUUUCCAUUUCUCAAAGUGAAGAAUUUCAAACAAUUCUUAGUGCUGUUUUAACUAAUCAACAAACAUGUUUAGAUGGUUUAAGCAGCACAAAUUCUGAUCAAACGGCGAUUAAUGAUUUAACGUCGACACUUUCAAAUGAUGCAAAGAUUCAUAGUGUGUCACUUGCUCUAUUUUUAAAAGGUUGGGUUCGUGACAACAAAAAACAAACAUCAUGGCCACAAAAUGGAAGACAUUUGAAUUUUCGUAACGGUCAAUUACCGUUGAAAAUGUCAAAUGGAGUACAUGCAAUUUAUGAUUCAGCUAGAAAUCGACAUGGGAGAAAAUUACUUCAAACAGUUGAUGAAAGUGUUACGGUAAGUGAAAUUGUGGUUGUUAAUCAAGAUGGAAGUGGAAAUUUUACAACUAUUAAUGAUGCUAUAAACGUUGCACCAAAUAACACGGUUGCUAGUAGUGGCUACUUUCUUAUUUUUGUUACGGAGGGUGUGUAUCAAGAGUAUGUAUCGAUACCAAAAAAUAAAAAGUAUUUGAUGAUGGUCGGAGAUGGUAUUAAUCGAACAAUUAUCACCGGUGAUCACAAUGUUGUUGAUAACUUUACAACAUUCAACUCAGCAACAUUUGCUGUGGUGUCACAAGGUUUCUUAGCAGUCAACAUGACAUUCCGCAACACGGCCGGACCAGUCAAACACCAAGCCGUUGCAGUAAGAAACGGAGCUGAUCUAUCCACAUUCUACAGCUGCAGUUUCGAAGGUUAUCAAGACACAUUAUACACACAUUCAAUGAGACAAUUUUAUCGCGAAUGUGACAUCUAUGGCACAGUUGACUUCAUAUUUGGUAACGCUGCAGUUGUUUUCCAAAAUUGCAACUUAUAUCCCCGUCUUCCUAGUACCGGACAAUUCAACGCUAUAACCGCUCAAGGACGAACUGAUCCAAAUCAAAACACAGGAACUUCUAUACAUAAUACAACUAUAAAAGCCGCUGAUGAUUUAGCUCCGAUGAUCGGUACAGUUAAAACAUACCUUGGUAGGCCAUGGAAAGAGUACUCAAGGACAGUUUAUUUGCAAUGUUUUAUGGACAGUUUGAUAAAUCCUUCUGGUUGGCGUGAAUGGAGUGGAGAUUUUGCAUUAAGCACAUUGUAUUAUGCAGAGUAUAAUAAUACAGGACCUGGUUCGAAUACGAGUUCGCGAGUGAGUUGGAUCGGUUAUCAUGUUAUUAAUGCUACUGAUGCUGCUAAUUUUACUGUGUCUAACUUUUUGGAUGGGGAUAGUUGGUUGCCUCAAACUGGUGUUCCAUACUCAAGUGGAUUGAUAUAAUUAAGCAGAGUUACAAGCUAGGAUAUAACAUCAGAGCUAAGCUAAGAUUAUUAGUAGUUCUUUGAAUUUUAUUAUGUGUACUCUGUUGUAUAAUACUAGUAUAAAUGAUUAAAUAAUGUAUUGUUUCUCUGUUAAUCACUUAUAACUUUUCCAUUAAUAUUUUUUGUGUAUGUGUAUGAAAUUUCAUUUACAGAUCAAAUGUCUUGUUUUCUCAAAUUUGUAUCAUAGGUGCAUAAAAAUAAUACUAAAUGCUUCAUAGGUGUGAACU